AUGAACUCGGUCCAAGUUAAAUUAGAAGACUCCAACAACGUACUCGCAUCUAACGCGCAGGCGUAUGGGCCUCCGUCGCAGCCGGGAUACGGGAUGUUAAGAACCCCAACUGCCAUUGCCAGAGGUGUGCCAGACGCAAACGUCAAUGUGCAUUCUUACCCAUCACAUCAACCACAUAUGGGAGCUGCAGCUCCCGCUCACGCUUCGGGACCAGAUUCGGCACCGCUGCUGCCACCACAUUCGGCAAAUUUUCAGGUCAACAAUGGGAUGUCAGAUCCUUCGUUGCAAGAGUAUCUGUCACCGUUUUUCCAGCCAUAUGGCGUUGAUGUCUCGCACUUCCCGCUCACCAACCCGCCCAUAUUCCAAAGUUCUCUCACCAAUUUCUCGGACCACCCCAGAAGACGCAGAAUUUCCAUCUCGAACGGUCAGAUUAGUCAACUGGGAGAUGCCACGCAUACAUUUGACGAUUUAUACUACAGUCAACCUCCACCAAUGCCUACAAGGCAUGACCACAAGAGUUCUGCCUCGGAAGCUAAAAACAUCUCGUUCCCGCCCCCGGCGCCGCAACAUCAUCAACAGCAGCAACAGCAACAACAACAACAGCAGCAAUAUAUGCCUACUCCAAACGUCUCGAUUUCGCACCCCCAUGCCCAGCAUCAGCAACAUAACCAAGCGUCUCACACAUUUACACCUAAGGACUACAACAUUCACGCUCUUACGCCAAAACUAGAAGACGAGAUCGAUCCCAAUGACCCAGGUCCCUCAGACCCUUAUACCAAGACAAUGGUGGAGCAAAAGAAUAAUUCGCAGUCAAGCGUAUUCAGAAACGAGCCUCUACCCAGUGUGUAUCCCUCUAUGCGACACGGAAUAGUGCCCGGAACACCCGCAUGGAAACGGGCAAGACUGCUGGAAAGAAACCGAAUCGCCGCUUCCAAGUGCAGGCAGCGCAAAAAGGUUGCUCAUCUACAGCUCCAGGAAGACGUUGAUCAGCUAUCGCGUGAAAACCUCGAGAUGCGGAAACGCCUUCAGUACUUCGAAAAGCUGGUAUUCAAGUUCAAGAAAUUUACGGAAAUGCAUAUGGCUUCAUGCGGCGGGUCCGAGCAGUUGAGCAUGAUUGAGGAACUGCUGAAAAUAGAUCACAACAUGACAGGACCAACGCCCGAAGUGGAUCUCGACGCCGACGAUGCCGACAUUCUGUGA